AUGUCUAUGCGAAAACAAUCAAUACCAAAUCAAAUAGCGAGAAAUAAAGACGAUGCAACGACAGAUCUAGGAAAUUCGCGAAUUGAAAAGAGCAAACCUGAAGCAGAUCCAGAUUCCGAAAUUGUAACCGAGAUUGAUGAAUACAUUUAUGAAAUUCUUUCCACUUCACUCUUUCUCUCUAAUCUCAUCACUCCUCUACUUUCUUUAUUUCACAUAUAUCAACAUGAUCAUGAUUCUGUUUUUGAUCAAAAGUUUUUGACUAAAGGAGGUUCUGGACAUGUUAGUUUGACAGACCGUACUCUUAAGACCUUUCUUUGGGAUUUUGAGAGGAAAGCUUGGUUUGUAAAGAAAGAAACUGAUGGGUUCAAUGAAGAUUGUGAUUCUGAUGACAUUGAGGUGUUAUCCGGACGUGGUAUGGACCAAACAGAUUUCUACGAUUCUGAUGAUGAUUUAGAUGAUGGUGAAUCUUAGAAAGAUCUGAUGGUUCGAGUGAUCGUUCUGAUGGUGAUAGCAAUGAUGAUGAAGACGAAGACAGUGCUGACUCCACCGAUGAUGGUGACAAAGAUGAUGAUGUUGAGUCGAAUGAUGAGACUGAGAGCAAUGACGAUGUAGAUGAUCAUCAUAGUGUUAAGUCGGACGAUAUACUCAUCGGAAAUGAUAUUAGUGUUUCAGGCCACCAGGCUCCUAUUUGGACUUAUACGGUGCCACUUGGCUUAAUGUAUUUUGGGGGGUGUGUUUCUUGUUAGACCCUUGAAAGCUGAUUGUACUAUAUUUUUUAUGGUUUUAUAGACGUGGAUGCAUCGGCUAAUUUCCAAACGUUCUUUUUUGGAGGUCAUAUUAUCCGAUGAACAUGUAUUUAUUAUAUCAAAAGAAAAAAAUUAUUUU